AUGAAGAAAAUAGGGAACUUCUUAAAAACCUCUGUGAGGAAGACUGAUCUCUUCCCUCAGAAAGUAAGUCUCACCUUCAAAGGUAAAGAGAGCUUCCAGACUCUUUACGGAGGCAUUAUCAGUCUGAUAAUUUUGACCAUACUGAUAUCUUACUCAGCCAGAAUCUUUGCAAUUAUGUUUCAAAAGCAGCAGACUCAGAAAACACUCAACAGAGUGAUCAAAGAUAUACAGAACAACCCACCUGAGUAUGAAUUAAAUAGAAAUAACUUCGCAUUUGCAUUUGUGCUCCAAGAUUUAACUACAGGCAGGAGAGGAUAUGAUCCCAGCUAUUUCAACAUCUCUAUUGUCCAAAAUACUGUUAAUUUUGAUCAAAACACAGGAGAAAGAACCUCUCAAAUAGAAGACAGAUCAUUCUCUACUUGAGGAGACAACUUUCCUUAUGUUGAUGAAAGCUUCCAGAAAACAAAGAACUUAGCUAAAAAUAUCUUACAAUGAGUUGAUAACCAAAACUUUACUGUGAAAGGAAGUGCUUUCUCAGAUUCAAGAAAAUUUGUCUCUAUCAGAGUUGAAAGAUGAGUUAAUGGAACCUCUGUGGUCUGUAAAAGCCCAGCACAGAUCAAGAACAAAAUCCAAAAUAGCUCAUUUAUAGUUGCCUUUAUAUCACAGUACUUCGACUUUGAAGAUUACAAUAAUCCUUCUAAAACUGUAUUUGAGACUGGACAUUCGGUCUAUUUAAAUCUCAAUUUUCAUAAAACAAAGACUUACACAAUCCAGAAAGCUGAAGUCAAUGACGUCAAUCAUUACUUCCAGUUUGGACAAAGUGAGCAAUCAGAAUUCUUUAUGCUAGGGGAACAAAAAUCUGACUUUAAAGAGAAUCAAUCAGGAGAUUCAGAACUGUUGACAAUUACAUUAAAUCAAGAUUCGCAAGUCUUUACAUAUGAAAGAACAAUAUUCUCAUUUUUAGAUGCCAUCAGCCAGAUUGGUGGAGUGUUUGGGAUGCUUUUGCAACUAGGAUUCAUACUCACAUCUUUCUUCAAUCAAAAAUAUUUUCUAACAUCACUCUUUGCUUUUCUCUACACCUCAAAUGGCCAGGAAUUCGAAACAGAUCUCAACAAAAAUGAAAGAAUUUAUCCAAAAGAAAAGGGUGCCAACAAAUAAAGACAUAAACUGAAAUCCAAAUGAUACAGUGCUUAACCUCAAACUCAGUAAAAGCUUGCAUGAUGAUAGAGAUUUUGCCUUAAGCAAGAAUCAGCAAGACAAAGACAGAACAAAUGUUGGAUUAAAUGCGAUAAAGUCUAAUUUCAAAAAUCUCAGAAGAACUUGCUUCACAACUUCAGAGUACCUCAAAAUCCUGCUGCCCUUCUGCAGCAGCAGAGCCAAACGCAAGUUCGACCUCCACUCAGACCAGUUCAGUCGAGAGUGAGAUGUUGUCGAACUCAUCCACUCGAUCAGGACUCUCAAGCUCAUGGUCAGGACUGUGCUUAAGGAACACCAGAGAAUGCUCAUGGGCUUCAGCACUAAAGGCCAGCAAAAUGAGCAUUUGGAAAUGUUUUCACUAGAGUUUAACUCAAUACCAAGGAAUAACGAUGAACCUUCAAAAGAGUUCAAAGGCAAAGUUGAAGAUUGAGUACAGAAAUGAGGACAAGUUAACACAACAGAACUUGAAAAUGACAGUAAAAGAUUUUGAUAAAAUUUAGUUUACAAAAUAAUUGGCAAUAACCUCAUUAUCGAUAAAAUCAAAAACCCAGAAGAUUUCAGAUUUACAGAGCAAGUGUUUAAUCCAAUGCAAAUAGAAGAGGAGACUAAAUGGUCCAAGCCUAAGCUCUCUGGUAUUGAUAAAUACCCUCCUGCUUCCCAUAUCUCCAAGCUUAAGGUUUAGCUCUAUAAUUCUG